AUGACUGCCAAACUACGACAGCAUUCAUUAUCCUCAGUUCGAAAACUACAAGAACUCCUCCAUGACUGUAAUCUACAAUUAGCUGCCUAUCGCAAUGCCAUUCAAGGGAUAGGCACUAGUGCUGAUGGUGUUGCUUUAAGAAAAGAAAUUGAUGCCUGUGCUCGUGCCUGUGUUCGCUCCUGUGAAUCUACUAAAAAUUGUGUCUUACCUCAAUUACGACAUGACGGUGAACUAAGUGUUGAGUUUACAAAACAUGCUUCUCAGUUUAUUGGAUGUGUAUCAGCCUGUGUCGUUGAAAUGAAACGGUGUACAGCAAUGGAGGCAACCUUUCCAAUUACAAAUUUUUUAGGAAAUUCAAGUGCGGGACCUUCUACUUCAGGGACGGCAGUGCCUUCAGGAACACCAACAAUACUACCAACAACAUCGGGACAAACAUCAUCUAAUGCAGGAAGUUCGGGUCAAAAUAAUAGUGGAAUUCAUUGUACUACCAGUAGUAAUAUUGGUGGUGGCCCUACAAUUACCGGGACUGGGACGUCGUCCUCAAUAAUACAACAAAAUGUGCCUACUACUUCAGAACAGCACAUCAUUGAGAUGGAGCAAAUGUUGGAGACUCUUGAAAAUUUAAUUACGGUUCACUUUUCAACAACGGAAACAACUCCUACAGAUAAAGUUACGCCAAGAAGAAGACGUGGAGCUUCUUGUAGGCCGCAAUGUGUAUGUAGUAAAUUAAAAACUAGCUAUGCUUGA